UGUGAAAAUUUGAACAAUCGGAAGAUAUUUCGGGAAAGUACAAAAAAACAAACAAUAACGAUGGAUGCUGUUUUUGAUAACCCGAAUUAUAUGAUCAGCAAAUUUUUGCUGAGAUUCCUCGGAUUGUGGCCGACUCAAUCUAGAUUAAGAAAGAAUCUAUCUUUCUUGGCAUACACGUUUAUAAUUUUUUCACUGGUGAUUCCCAUAUUUUUCGGUAUGUUAAAUAAUAAGACCGAUCUAGUAAUUAUCAUCGAAGACAUCACUGGUAUUUUAUAUUUAUUGAGCAUUUACACCAAGUACUUAUCGUUUUACGUUUUCGAAGAAAGAAUGAUACGAGUUUAUAAUCAAUUAGUAAAGGAUUUGGAGGAUAUAACAAUCAAAGAGGAAAAAGCCAUACUGCGUAAACACGCCCGACAGGGACGCUUUCUGUCCAUCAUCUACGUCGGUUACGGCGCUAUUGCGACCAUGGUAUUCAACUCGACUCCCUACAUACCAUUGAUUUUGGACAAAGUUUUCCCAUUGAACGAGACCCGCGACCUGCUGUUCCCGUAUUACGCCGACUAUUAUUUCAUCGACGCGGUCGAGUAUCAUUACACUUUGUUCACUUUUCACGGGGGUAUGGUUAUUUGCGCCGCGACAUUGGGCGCCACAGCCGUCGACUCGAUGUUCGUCGUCAAUGUCAAGCACAAUUGUGGCUUAUUCAACAUUGUAUGCUAUAGAUUGGAAAACAUCGGUAAAUCAGCCCUGUCAAAAGAUCAUGCUCUACCGACCGCUCAUGCGAGCGACGAAGUUGUUUAUCGUGAAAUGAAAAGCGUAUUUAUCAGCCAUCGCAAUUCCAUAGAAAGCUCCCAAAUCAUCCAAGAAACGCUGAGCGGAAGUUUCUUAUUCAUUUUUGCUGCAGCAAUGGCUGCCAUAGCUAUGUUAGUUUUCGAUAUAAUGCUUAACUUGCAAAAACCUAUUCAAAUCAUUCGAAUCGGGGUAUUACUAGUGGGCGUAUAUCUGAGCAUUUUUUAUAUGAAUUACAUUGCACAGCAAAUUAUGAAUGACAGUGAAAAAGUUAACGAAGCUGCAUGCAAUAGUUAUUGGUACCAUUGCUCGCCGAGUGCCCAAAAACUCGUGCAAUUAGCAUUAUUAAGAAGUCAAGCGCCAAUUAUUUUGUCAGCCGGUGGCGUGUUUGAUAUGAAUUUGGCAACAUUUGCAUCUAUGAUCAAAUCUUCAGCUUCGUACGCUACCGUUUUAUUACAAAUGCAGCAGAAGUAAAUUCCCUGCCUGUCAUUAAUUAAAAUAGUACAAA